AUGACUGCUGAAAUAGAAGACUUAUCUGCGAUUGACUUCCUACUUCUUAUGGACGGUCCAGACUCGCUUGACCUCAUCCGUCAAGAAUACCAUAUCAUCGAGCAGAACCGGAGAAGUUUAGAGGAGUCUGGUAAUGAGCCUGCCAAUGAAGGUUGUCGACAACUGUUACUUGUAUUUCUCUGCUGCAUAAAAAGGUACCCUAGAGCUGAUUUUAUAGACGGUUAUCGCGCAUACGACGGACAGAAAAAGUAUAUUUGCGUAAGUGACCCGAAAGCAGAAGACUGCGAGAAAUUUUGGGAAUCAGCCUGGUGCCGUGAAGUGACUACCAUCGUGAAUAUAUCCCAAAGAACAGAUGAAGAAAGCUAUCAGUAUUGGAGUUCUUGUGAAGGGAGUGAGAUAGAGUGUAGAUCGUUUAGAGUUAAGACUCUGAAAGUCACCAAGAGAUCUCGUUUCAUUUCAACACUGUUAUGUUUGUCUGACAGAGGGAACCGCGAGCAUCAGAUUUUCCACUAUCAUUACACUGCUUGGCCAAUUAAUAGCAAUGGAAAUGACCCAUUGAUAUUUUUGUCUUUUGUGUGCAGCCUGAACGACACGUAUACUCUUUUAAAAAAAAAUCAACCGGCUGGAUGGAAGCCUGGGGCUGUUCUCGUUCAUUGCAAUGAUGGUAGCAGUAGCUCGGUGGUAUAUUGUAUCCUGGACAUUUGUAUUACCCAGUUCAAAUACACAGGUACGGUUCCAGUAGCAAGCACUUUACAGAAAAUGGAACGACAAGAGUACAGCUGCUUGAAUUGGGACGCAGGUGAUUAUAUUUUCUGUUAUCAAGCCAUUCAUAGUACCCAGCCACUUUCCGAUAAUUCACCAAAGGAAAUGGAGUCCUUUGUGAUUGACGAGGUUUUCGGCGCUAUAAACAACAGUGGGGACAACUUUUUUCAUGACAUUUCCCGCCAUGGGUGUAUGUCCCUGCUUCUAAGAGCUGGAUGGUGGCUAGACGAGACGCACAAUCCUCUGCUGCAGCAAUUCAACUAUGAAGGAAACCAGUGCGUUCAUAUUGUUGCACGACGCCACAGAGGGCAAAAAGCAGUGCAGCUGCUGGAAGUCUUGAUGGACAUGGGAGCAGAUCUGAACGCACCUAACAGAACGUCAGGAAGUACUGCACUUCACUUAGCUGUCAUCAAUGAGGAUUACGAGCUGGUAACUUGGAUGUGUCAGGAGACUAGUGUGAACCUAGAAUCUUGCGACUAUUCUAGGUUGACGGCCUACCAAGUCGCUUGGAAGAGAAAUGAUCACAAAAUGAUGAAAAUUUUCGAGAAAUUUGAUGCCGACUGUGACCAGCCGUACUCAAGUGAAAGUGAAAGUGAAAAUUAG